CCCGGUCAGAGACGCCGUGCUGAUGGAGUCUCACCGGACCAACGUGCUGGUGACGUCGUGUCUCAAGACGCCGGUGGACCCGCUCACCAAGGCGCCGCUGGCCUCGUACGAGCGGGACCGGAACCACCGGAACCCCCGGGGACACCGGGAGCACCGGGAGCACCGGGACCACCGGGAGCACGAGGCGGAGUUCGAGGACUCGGGCUCUGACUCCGGGGACGAUGAGCGUCGGGGGGGCGGCGUCCCUCUCGUCAGGAACAACCACGUGGCCUCAGGAGAACGUCUGGACCUGAGUGGCAUCUUCUUCUCCAACGAGGAGUACUACAGCAAGCUGGAGGAGCUGAAGAGGGCCCACCUCCGCACCAUGGCCGAGCUGGAGAGCAUGUACCGACGGAAGCUGCAGCUGAAGUUCAUGGAGCCUCUGGAGCUGACGGGGCUGGAGGCCGGGCACAGGCUUCCGUGGUCAAGCAGCAGCCCAGCAGCGUCUCACCGACUGAGAAGGUCCCACUCUGCCCUGGAGCUCAGGAGGAGCUCGGGACACUCGGACUCGUCAGACGAGGAUGAAGAAGUCAGUGAAGAAGUGGAGGAGACGGGCCUCCUCUUCUCUCCCCAGGAACACAUCAGGAACAUGUGGAGGGACUUCAAGCUGUCUCCAAACCCCCGUCACCUGACCUCCUCCUCGCUCCAGAGUCUGCCAGGAGACCAGAAGAGACCAGGAAAGAGGAAAGGCAAGAAGAGGGAGACCUGGAAGCACAGGGUGACGAUCCCCAAGCCGUUCCACAUGACCCUGCGUGAGGCUGAGAGACAGAAGCUGGGCAUCAGGACGCGGACAGAGAUCGAGCUGGAGAACGUGGAGCUGCGGCGGCAGCUAGAGGAGCUGACCGAGUGCCAGAGGAAGUUCCGUGCCAGCCCCGUCCCGGCACACGUUCACCUGCCGCUCUAUGAAGAGCUGCAGGAGCAGAAGGACGAGCGGCAGAGGAACAAGCGAGAGCGAGAGGAGCAGCACCUCCGGAGCAUCCAGAAACCGUUCAGCUUCCUGGAGAGGGAGCGACUCAAGAAGGAGCAGAAGCAGCUGCGUGUCCCAGAAGCAUCCCAGCCGGACCGAGUCAAGCCCUUCAGGGCCAAGCCGGUGCCCAGGGCCGUGUACGCCGCAGCGUCGGGGGAGCAGAUGAAGGAUGAGCAGCUGUACCGCUCCAUCAAGAUCCAGAUGAGAGCUCAGGAGCUGCUCCACGGGGCCUCCAUGCCGCCCAGCAUGCUCUCACGACGACUCAGCGAACGGAAGAAGACCAAAGACAAGGGCAGCGAUGCAGCCGGGGGGGGCAGCAGCUUCCCCCACAGACCCCAGAUCAACAAAGAGGUGCCCGACUUCGACGCCAGCUACAGACGCUUCAAGAAGCACCUGGAGAAACGAAAGGAGGUGAAGCCCACGACCACAUGUGAACCCUUCGACCUGAAGACGGCUCAGAUCCCCUCGCACCGAGAGCGCAUCCUGGCGGACAUCGAGAAGGAGCAGGGCAGCCCCCGCACGCUGCGCUGGCCACACAUCAGCUCCGCUGCCACUCGGACUCCAAACUCCAGCCUCUGCUCCUCCCUCUCCGGCAGCCUGGAGCUCCUGCCCACCAAGGGCACAGACGCCACCAAAAAGCGCCAUGAGGCCGUGAGAAAGGUGCUGGAGCAGAGGAGGAAGGCCGGAGAGGAGGAGGAGCAGUGGAAGGAGAAGCAGAAGCAGAGGGAGCGGAAGCUGCAGCGGGUGGUGUUGAAGCGAGCCCAGGCCAACGACCCCCACACGGCCCUGUCCCAGACCCACCAGACCAAACUCAAAGAGUUCAGGACACGAGACCUCCAGCGCAGGAGGGAGUACCAGCAGGAGGUCCAGGAGAUGCAGCAGCGGGUGAAGGGGAGGCCGCUGCUGCUGGAGCAGGUUGCACAGAGAAACGCCAAGCAGGCGGCGGAGAAGCGCUACACCGCCGCGGUGACCGGCUGUGACGUGACGGAGGAGUUCAUCUGCAGCAAAGCAGCUGAACCAGGAUCAGCCCACAGCGCCUCCCAGUCCAGUGACAGCAAACACAGUGACCAGGAGGACGCAGACAUGGGGUUUCAACCCGUCCGCUACAGGAAAGUCUUCCUGGACGACGAAGACGUGGACGAUCCCACCGAGAGGGGGGGGCGAGGGACGGAGGACAAGGACAGUGACGAGGACUCAUCGAACCGCCACAGUGGGGACGACCCCGGCGGUCAGCGUGGAGACCAUCAACACGGCUCGGAUGACGGGUACCACUACUCUGACGACCAUGAGGACUACUCAGACGACAGCGAGGGUCCCACUCCACGGGCCGAAGCCACCGAGUGAUGUCAUCAACGCUUAGAUGAGGAAACUGAUCCUCACUGACUGAGCACACGAGGAGGGAGCUUCUCGUUUUGGGUAAGAUGACUAAACUCCAUGUUUUAGGGAAGUGAAACCCAGUGAGAGAUUCAAUGUGUGAGUAAGACGUGUGUGUUAUUGUGUUAUAUCCAUAUUUCUUCAUUUUGAGCCGCUUUCUGUUUUGUUGUCACGCUGUGAGGCGUCUUUGAGAAUUGUUAAAAUUGCUCGACAAACAAAACUAAUUGAGAAUUGUUGGAUCCUCCGUGUGAGGACAUUCACAAUCGACAGAGCAGCACGAGGACAAUGUAGUAAAAGCAAGAAUAUAAACACUACAAAUAAUAAAGUAGAAAUAUUGAAAUAUAGACAUGAUUGUUCCUCUAAAUGUGCAAUAUAAAGAUAUAAAGAUAGAGAUAACGGCUGUGUGUUGUGAAAUGUGUCCAAUUCUUUGUAAAUAUUCAACUGUACGAGAUGUGGAGAAGCUCUUUCUUGUUGUGUGUAUUUUAGUGUUGGGCCGGGGGUGCUGUGGCAUUUUUGUGUCAUGGCACAAAAUGCCUACUGAUGUUGUCGGUCGGUAGGAGGCUUUUUGUGCCAUGGCAUAUUGCCGUGGUGACUCCGAAAUGACUCGGGUCGAGCCAGCCUCCAGCUCUGUGUAUAAAUACAGCUGCACCGCUAUGAACCGCUCGUGUUCACUCUGACCAGGAAGCAUCUGCACAGGAAACCUCGAAGACAAGAUGAGGAGAAGAACGGAAGAUUAUCAGGAGCAAACUUACUUCAAGCGGACACUGGAUUUGGCGGAUUCCCUCUUACGGAUAAUACAACAUCACAUACUGUAAGUGAUCUUAUACUAUUUCAAUGCUUUAUUCUUACACCGCGCGCCACACGUGGAAACAGUGAAAAACACAGAGUUUCUCUGGUCACAGCUGCUCUGAGAUCAGCGGCGCAGCUCCUGGAUCACAGCUACAGUUGGUUUAUACCGAGCUGCAGUUCCAGGGUCCGCCUCCAGUCGGACCUGCUCUCACUUUUUGUUUUCAUAAAAAUAUAUAUUUUUAAGGUUAUCAGGAUGCGGCUAUAUGUUUUUAUUUAUAUCACAGUGGGCUACAUCUUAUUUUAUACAUUCCCUCAAAUAUGGGGUAGACUCAAAUAGGCCUGCAUAGUUCUGUGUUUAAUUUAUUUCAAAGUAGGUCGACACUUGCUUGUGUAUUUUUUCCUCUUCUUCAUAAGAUUUUGCUGUUUUCCUUUGUUGUUACCGGUAAAAAUAACAAUAAAAUGUCAACAGUUUUCUUUAUUGUCGUUCUAUAAUUUCAUAAAUGCAACAAACUAUAGUUUGUAUAUGUAUGUAUAUAUAUAAAACUUUAUAAGCUGUGUUAUCAAAUAUGUUAUGAGACUAUAAGAAGUAGAAAGUACAGAAAUUUGUGUUCAAAUGUAUUGAGUAAAAGUAAAAGUCAUCAUGAAAAUAAAUACUCAAGAAAAGUAGAAAUAUGUGACAAAGUAUUGUGAAUGUACGUCGUUACUGUACUUAAAUAGAUUUAAGUAUUUGUACCUUCUCAACAGAAUGAUGUACAAGCUUCCCUCAAACUAAGUCUUGUGUUCCCCUCUGAGAUUUUAAAUAUUUAACGUGUGAUGCUUUUUUUAUGGAUCUUUUUACUGUUGUAUCAAAGGUAUUUCCAUUUGGUUGUUUUGCUGAUGUUUGUGAUUGUGUCUUGUUCUCAGGCCUCGGUUGGAGAAGAGAAUCUGGUUUUAUUGCCAGGCAGGUUAACACAUACAGGGAAUUUGCUGUGGUGUAUAAGUAUAAUAAAAAUAUAAUCACUAUAAGCACCUGUGGGGGGGAUUGUGCAGAUUCUGAUCCCAGUGUGACUUUGUAUUUAUGUGUUUUUAUUGUGUUGAUGCUGUGGAUUGUGAGUGUGUGUUGUUGGUAGGUAGAUCUUGAUCUCACUGUGACU